AUUCUCAGAAUAUACCAUGUUGUGGAGCAACUUCCAUUCUAGUUCAGCUUGUUGUUUUUCACUUUGUUGCCUUUUUGCUCACAAGAAUCCAUAGAGCCGGCCUGUUUUAUAAAUGAUGACCCUUCGGAUACAUCAAACCAGAGAAUAUUUCACUAAGCAAAAUAUUGAAGACCAUAGUACCUUUCUGACGUUCACACCUAGAAAUCUACUUCACUUUGAGAUGUCCGUGCUCGAGUUCAUUAACAAAGAGGGUUCAUCAGUGCUUGAUAUAUAUGAAGCUAUUGCGGCUACUCAAGAAAUACUAUUGUUCCAUCUUCAAGAAAAAGAUGGCGAGUGUUGAGAAAGUUGUUGGUGUGAAGAAAGUGAGGCAAAAAGAUUCAGAUGGAUGGGAUGUGAGCAUGCCACUACCAGGGGACAUCAUAGAAGGCGUUGCUGAGUUAGCGUCUGAUGAUGACUCCUUUAUUCAGGCCAAAGCAUGGUCAGAGUUAACCUUAUUUCUCGGUAAAAUUGCUGGACAUUUCAUUUGGUUCAAGGUUAGAAGGGGAGAGAGUACACUUAAACUCAAAGGAUAUGUCUUAGUUGAACGACGAUCAAAUCUCCAGAAAAGGUUUGUUGUUAGAGCAGCAUCUGAUGAGAGACAUCUUGCUGUUAUAGCAGAAUUAACUUUGGGACGUUGCACUGAACUCCAGGAAAUGAGCAGAAGAAUGGUUAAUUCAGGAUCACGUGGUUAUAACCAAAUGGGAUUACAAUAUGACUGGAAGAUGAAGGUGGGAACUUAUCUACCUGAUUCUCAUUCUACAGUUGUUAGCUCCAUAGUUUUUAUGCCACUGACAAGGGAGUAUAGAGUAGAAGCCACAUUAGUUCGUACCAUGGCCUGGUUUUCAGCAGCAGUAUCUUCAGGAAUCCCUCUUGUAUUCGUUAACAUUCAAACCGAGCAAAUCAACAAUUUGGAGAGGAGAAACACAAGUGGGAAAGAUGUUUGUAGUAGGCAACUAGAUGGCUAUGUUGGUUAUCAUCAAUCCGCACAAGGUGUAAGGCUAUGGUAUCUACCAGGAAUUGAAGAGGUUCCACUUGAAUUAACACCUGAACCAGGAGAAUCCAGAUUCGGAAUAGACAUUAAACGAACAGAUGAAGGAUUUGUCAGUAUUUAUUCAGUAGCAAAGGGGACAGCAGCAGAACGAGCCGGUUUAGUGCAUUUAUUUGAGGAGGCAAACAAAAGCAAGCAUCAUGUUGUGAUUUCAAGGCUAGAAGGAAAGAGUGUUUUGCCAUCAACAGUUAGCUCAGAAGGUCUAAUAUAUUGCUGCGAUCAUGCUGAUAUUAAGGACACACUCGAUUUAGCAAUGGAAAGAAGUGAAAGCAUUAGACUGCAUAUCAUGUCUUGGCCUAAUCAGAUAACUCAAAAUACCACAGGAUUGUUUGGCGCUGCUGCAGCUCUUAUGCCUCCAAAUUGACUUUCCAACACGUACACUCCGCUAUAUGAAUACUCUUUACUUUACAUCUCAUCUCAGUCAGCACUUCAACACCAUGUAUAGCAAUAACGUCAAUUUUGUCGACUAAUGGAAUGGACAUGAAAGAGUUAUGCA